GCUCCGCCAGUGUUCCCUGCGCUGUGCUUGGUUGAGGUCGAGCUUCUCACGCGGAAGCCCCUAUUAGAACUGAUUUUGUGUUUUACGGAAGAGUCACUGCUGAUACUUGAAGGAGAAAUCUGCUCUGUCUCAGCAAAACUUCAAACUUGGAAACAAAAUGGAAAACAGUAUGGAAGAGUUUCAGGAGUGCACAGCUCCCUGCAAGAACGCAAUUGAGUUCAGACCUCCAUUAUACAAACAAAGAUACUUCUUUGUUAAAGAGAUAGUGAAUCAAUAUAAACCCAAGAAGGUUGCAGACUUGGGGUGCGGUAGUGCCACACUCUUAUGCUUCCUGAAACACCACAGUUGUGUUCAAGAGCUUGUUGGAGUAGAUCUCCUCAUGGACAGUCUCUUAGUUUGGAACAGAGAUAGGUUGUCUCCAUUAGUUGCGGAUCAUAUAGAUCCUAGGGACCUUGAUUUGAGAAUUGUCUUGUAUCGUGGCUCUGCUGUGGAGGAAGACUCCCGUUUGCUUGGAUUUGACUUGAUAACAUGUAUUGAAUUAAUAGAACAUUUGGAUUCGGAAGAUCUGGCCAAGUUUCCCGAAGUUGUAUUUGGAUACUUUUCUCCAACUCUGGUUGUCAUCAGCACACCAAACGCAGAUUACAAUCCCCUGUUUCCAGAUUACAAUCCCCUGUCUCCAGGAUCGACCUUUAGAAGAAAUCCAGAUCACAAAUUUGAGUGGAGCCGAGAGCAGUUUCAGCACUGGGCUUUAAAUGUGGCAAAACGCUACAAAUACUCAGUGGAGUUUACUGGUGUGGGUGCUCCACCACCAUGGGCUAAUAAGGAUGUUGGAUACUGUACCCAGAUAGGGGUCUUCAAGAAAAAGCAGCCAGGUUGUCGCAGCUGUAUCCUGGUAAAACCAGAUGCCCGUGUUUCAGAGCGAGGGGAACGCCCUUAUGAAGUUGUUUUUAAAGCCUCAUUCCCGAGUUUGCAGCAGAAACGCCGCCUCCUGUGGGUAUUGUGUGCGGAGGUGUUAAAAGAAGCCAGAGCCAUAAGAGAGAACUAUGUCUGGAUUCAGAAGAAAAAGAAGUCCUAUGAACACCUGUCUGGAGAAGAUACUAGCCUGGUCAGACGGCCUGGAUUAUUCCUCACCGAUGCCCAAGUGGCCCAAAUAGAGAGGUCCCCCAAACCCUACUCUGUGGGAAAGAGGUUUUAUGUACCUCUGAAAAGACUCAUUGGCUAUCCGAAGGUGAGGCGCUUGGUCGAUGAUGUGUCCAUGCUGAGAACACUCCUUGCUGAAGCAAUUCCAUCGCAACUGAACAGAGCUCACACUUCGGUGCUGAUCGACUUGGACCCUUCCGACCCUUAUGAUGACCGUUGGUGAGCAGGAGCUCUCCUUAUGUCCUAAAAUUCAGAGUCUUAAGGAUAGUUAGGCUCAUUUAUAGUCAUAAUGUAGGUAGCUUAAUUUUGAUAUUAACCUUGUUACAUUUUUUUAUAAUAUGCUUUUUGGGGGGAUGGUGGAGGUUCACAGAGUGCUUGUUCAGUUUUUUGUUAGACCCAUGUUGAAUGUGAUAUUAAAAUUUUAAAAAAUAAAUUGAAUUAUCGAUGUUUAAA